AUGACAAGAAAAGAUUACGAAGAGACUAAGACACUCACAUUCAUCGUCCCAUUCAAAGAUCUGCCUAAGAAGACAUUGCAAAUCGGUGUGUAUGACCAUGAUUUGGGGAAACACGAUGACUAUAUAGGUGGAAUCGUCCUAUCGGCAUCUGCCAAAGACGAUCGAGGCAAGCAAUGGAUCAACUGCAUUGAAAAUCCUGGCCGGACAUUCGAAGUAUGGCAUUACCUUGAGUUGGAUAGCUAG